AUGUUCACUGUAUGCAACGAGAUCACCAACAUCCUGCCGAAGCUCACCAUGGAGAGUGAGCCUGCUUUGCUCAAUUUCGUGCUCUUAUUCAUUGUGUACAUGCGUGCAGUGCUCUAUUUCACGAGAUGUAGCUUGAUCGCUGCUGACAUCAUUGUCCUCGUGCUGACGUGGAUCAAGUCAUUCGAGCACUUCAAGGAGAUGCGACAGCUAAACCUUGGCCUGUCUGUUUCAGCUGUUCUGCUCCGAGAUGGCAAGCUCAUCUCUCUUUCCACGCAUGAGCAACAUAACUCAUGCAGCAUUAUUCCGAGUCUAGGCACUAUUUAUUUUCUAAUCCUCCUAGCUGUGAAUAUUCUGCAACUCCUCACAUUCUCUGAAAGCAGUCUCUCUGGACCUGGGAGCACCUAUGCGUCCAUCUUCACUGAAUUUAUGAUGACUAUUCCAUGA